UCCAGUAGUUGUGAUAACCCAUAAGUACCACAAUAUUGAAUAUUUAUAGUGUGCAGUUCGCUGCUCGUGUUAUGUAAUAUUAUUUAUUAUACCUACCUAGUAAUAUCUAAAACACUCCAUAAAUAUAAUAUCUACAUAAACUACUCGAUAAUUAGUAUUAAAUUAAAUAAACUACCAUAAAUUGUUAUUUCCACCGUGUGGCCUCGCUGUCUACACCGGCCAUUUUUUUCUAAUAUUACCUAUAUAUUUUUAUUCUGUCUUUAACAACUACAUUCGGCGGUGCACUUGUUCGGCUGACGUGAUAUCGAUUUAAAGCAAAAUAUAGUAUUCCUUUCAGCCCCAAAAUGCGUUUAGGAAGUGUAAUUGACGACUUCACCGCAGACUCUACGCAGGGUCCAAUUAAUUUUUACAAAUGGAUCGGCGAAUCGUGGUGUUUGUUAUUCUCUCAUCCGGCUGAUUUUACGCCAGUUUGUACUACUGAACUGGGUAAAAUGGCCGUUCUCAUAGAUGAGUUCAAAAAACGCGACGUCAAAAUUGUGGGAUUAUCUUGUGACAAGUUGGAAAGUCACGUCGAUUGGAUUAAGGAUAUAAAAUCUUACUGCCUCGACAUUAAAGGUGAAUUUCCAUAUCCAAUAAUUAGCGAUAGUAAACGAGAGUUGGCUGUCAAAUUGGACAUGAUAUCCGAAGAAGACAAAGACAAUCCAGAUUGCGCAAUGACCAUUCGUUCUCUUUAUAUUAUUGGCCCAGAUAAAAAAGUUAAAUUGAUGAUGAUUUACCCAACCAGUACAGGGCGUAAUAUACAGGAAAUUUUGCGCUGCAUUGACUCUCUUCAGCUAGUUCACAGAUUGAAAACGGUCGCUACGCCAGCCAAUUGGGUGCCUGGCGAAAAAGUAAUGAUCUUGCCGUCGGUAAAGGAUGAGGAACUCGAUAAACUAUUUCCAAAUGGUCACGAUAAGUGUACAAUGCCGUCUUCAGUAAAUUACCUGCGAACUACUACUGAUUAUUAAAUUACCAUAUGAUUCAUCAAAUAAUUACAUAAUUACAUUUAUACAUUAUUUUGUUAACAUUUUUUUUAAAUAUCAUAUGUUAAAUAUUAUUAUAUUAUUGCAUGUUACUAUUAACUAAUAAGUAUGUUUUUAAUGUAACUACGAAUUUAAUUAAUUUAUAGUUAUAAAAAAUAAAGUUGAUAACCAGUU